AUGACAGUCGCACAAGGUUAUCACAACCUCGUCCCCGUGACGAAACUCUCGCCGCCGGUGGAUACCACCCAGCCGUAUGACCCCUCUACUUUCUCAGGCAAGACCGUCCUCAUCACCGGCGGCGCUCUUGGCCUGGGCGCGGCUUUCGCCCGGGAGUGGGCCUCCCACGGGGCCAACGUGAUCGUCGGCGACAUCAACAAGUCCCUCGGCGAAGCCCUCGUCGCCACCCUCCGCACCGAGAACCCCAAGGGCUCUCACCACUUCGUGACCUGCGACGUGACCUCCUGGGCCUCGCAGGUCGCCUUCUUCAAAGAGGGCGCCCGGCUCUCGCCCAGCGGCGCCAUCGAUGUCGUCGUGGCCAAUGCGGGCGUCAACAACCCGGGCGCCAAUCGCCGGUUCGAGAGCCCGGAGACCUCCAAGACGGACCCGGACGCGCCCAGCGAGCCGUCCAACACCAUCAUCGACGUCAACGUCACGGGCCUGUCGUACACGACGCACCUCGCCCUCUUCUGGCUGCCGCGCAACGGCGCCUCUCGGGACAGGUGCCUCAUCUUUGUCGGCUCCGUCGCGGGCGUGGGCCACUUCCCGGGCCAGGCGCCGUACACCAUGUCCAAGCACGCCGUGACGGGCCUGUUCAGGUCGAUGCGCGCCACGGCGUACCUGUCCCACCGCAUCCGGCUCAACAUGAUCUGUCCGUACUUCAUCAGCGGGAGCAGCAUGUUCCCGGCGGCCGCGGAAGCGGCGUUGCUGGGCGGCGGCGCGGGCGGCGCGCAGUUCGGGGACGUUGUUGACGCGACGACGAGGCUGGUGGCGGACGAGAAGAUCAUCGGGCGGGCCCUGCUUGUGGGACCCCUCUUGCGGAUGGCGAGGGCGGGACGGAGGGAACGAAGACGGCGGCAUGGGACGUGUAUGCGGAGGACUACAAGGACUGCGAGGCGUUCGUGUGGCGGUGGAUCCGGAUGUUGA